CGACCAUCAUAUUUGCCUUCAUUGACUCCCGACCUUAAGGCCCUUGGUUGGUCAUUUCCUUAUUUUUACUUUCUCAUUUAUGUUGAAUUGGCUAGCUAGUGUCAAUUACUUUUGUGGUUUUCACCUUAAUAUGUUAGGCAUUUCGAAGACACCUAUUGAACCAUCUAGUCACAAACAUCUUGAUUCAUGUGGAUCCUUAUACCAUUCACUUCUUCAAAAAUGUCGACUAACUCAGCUGGCUUCACUUCCAUCAUUUGCAGUUACUACCAAAUCAUCGAUUUCUUGGCCUAAACAAUUGGAGGGUGUAGUCGAGUCCAUUUCCCCAGUCGUUAAGAUAAUUUCUAGUGACCGGAAACAUGGCUCGGAGAAUGGCUUCAAGUUGUUUGGCAUUCAACUUGUAAUAGCUUCAAUAGGGGAGGAAAGUUCUCCAUGUUCAGGCUUUUCAGACCCAUAAAGAAGGUAAGGGCCUGCACAAAGGUUCAAGGAAGUUGAGAUGGUGGUAGAGUAGCAGUCUCGUUCUCUCUUUUGUUGGAUCAAGGAUGCAAGUAACGACCACAUCUUGUCCUCUCUUUGUUGGUCAAGACUUUUGUUGGGCAUUUUGAGGGUGUAACUAAAAUGAAGUAAAUGAAUGACCUGUAAUCUUUUGUAAUCUCGUAGCAGGCGCCAUGACAUUACGCAUGAUGACAGGUUCCUACUUUUGGCAUUUGUAUUAAUGCUUGUUAGAAAUUGAAUCAUGAUGAUAAUCACCUAGGUAUUGGGCAAAAAUUUGCACUUGUGUUUGUAACUUGUGGUAAAUCCAAUCUCUGCAGAAGAAUUUUCUUUGAGAGCAAAAGAGACUUGAAGAGAAAAUUUAUACUUGGCAGCAGUUGUUUCAAGUUAAG